CUACCACAGUGAGCACUUCACGGACAGGCGUUCUUCCGUCUUCUUCACACACUCCACAAUCCUCACUUCUAAUCUCCUGCUUCUGAACAAUUCUCAAGGUUUUCCUUGAUAUAGAGGCCCAAAAAUCCAAAAAUGUCAAUAUUCCAAAUGUUUAUAUCAAUUCCCACACCCUUACAGACCCUCUCUUCAUCAAGAACUCUUUCCGGCGGCUCGAGCGCUGCACAAGUAUUCUUUAACAAAAGAUUUCCACAUCAUUCUCUUACUAACUCCAGCAAUAUUCCCUGGCAAGCGACGACGAUUCGAAUGGGUGGUGGGCCUAGGACAUACCCAGGAGGGGUUUCGAAGUGGCAAUGGAAGAGGAUGCAGGCCAAAAAAGCGAAGCAGCUUCUCAAGGCCCGGUUGGCACGAGAACGACAAAUCUAUGAGAUGCGAAAGCGGGCCGAGCUUAAGGCUGCGGUAUCUGAACUAGAGAGGCCAUGGGAGGUUGUUGAGAAGGCUCCUACUUUGUUUUCUGUGAGUACUGACGAGCAGUUGAAAGUCUUGGCUGACCGGUUCCAGAAACCUGGUGGGUUGGACUUGUGGUCAGAAAGAGAUGGACCGGAAUUGUUCAGACCUGAUAAUGGGAUGCCCACCGCAAGGUUUUUCCCUAAGGGCGUUGUUCAUAGCAUCAAGCCCUAUGGGAAAAUUGAGAAACCUAGCGAUAGCUCGGGCAAUGAAAGUGAUGGGGAAAUGGGUUUGGAAAGAAAAGGUUCUAAUAGGAAUGCAAGAAAAAAGAGACUUGGAUUGGAUAACAAAGGCAAUUGGGAUGAUUUUACAGAAGAGAGUUUUAAGGAUAUGUCAAAUGAAGGUAACAGUGAAACUUUUCCAAACAGAAGGUUUGGGAAGAAGAGAAAUAGGAUUAAGUAUUCAAGUGACGCAGAGGGGUCGGGUGCGAGGGAAAAUGGAGUUCACAGUAGAGCUGGAGAGCGUAGGAGGGGCAAUGGCUAUGAGAAGAGUAAAGAUUCUGAAGUGUAUGACAUGAAUCUACAAAAUGAUGGGAGUUAUGGGUUAUGAAUGGGAGAGUUAAGGAUGUGAAGUAGUUUUGUGCAAAGUGUGCAGUGGGAAUUCUGGGAAUAUAGCUUGAGCUUGAGCAUGAUCAUAUAAUGGAUGUAUUUAGCUAAGAAAGAUGUUUUGAAGGGAGUGUAUUUCAGUAUAGUUGUAUAUUUUAGGCGCAAAUGUUCUGAAAAAAGAUAUAUGACACGGUCUUGGUCGUUGUCAUUUGUAUCAAAUGAGAGCUAAGGAUUUGGAAGAUUGUAAGAUCCAACUCCAGUAUGGAGACGCUGAAAUUCUGUGAAACUUGACUAGAAAAAUUUGUAGUGGUUCAUCAGAAAGAAGAAAACAGAAACAUGCACAUAUUCCAGAAGGAAGCUUUGGUGCUCGAACCUUGAAUAGUUCCAUUUCAGGUAAUUUUCCCUACUGGGAUUGUGCAUAUUAACAGGUGAAAGUUUUUACGACGUCCAUCAAUAUUUUUAGCAUGUUUGGUUAAGAUUAUAAGUAGCUUUUUGGGGGUGUAUUUGGGUACUAGUCUUGACAUUGCCUGGUUGAACCUUAACGUAAAGGUUCCAGUUAUUUGCACCAGUUUCAACAAAACAAGGAAACACAUCACUCAAUGCCUAGUUGAUCAAUUAUGACAAUUCAAUUUAUGAAGUGGUUUCCUAGAAAAUUAAUUUCACUUGUAUAUGAUAGCAUUCUUGGAUUCCUAUAUUCAGUCUCAUGUUUACAGGAAAGAUUAAUCUUGGACUACUUGUGUAACAGUAGUGAAAAGUUGAACACUAGUAAUUUGUCUUGAAGGUAUUGCCACUGAAGCCUAUAUAGCAUAAUUUUCCUAUAAUACUAUUACUCACGAAUCACAUUGGAUGAUGGACAAGUAAUUGAUAUAUAGCCCAUGAUAGACUAGCCGCCCAUCGAAAAGGGUCCACUCUCUUGAUUCAUCAAGUCAAUAUUCCAGACUUGCCUCAGUCCUGGGCAUGGAUUGGAAAUGAAGCAAUUGUAGCUUUGCACUGUUAAAAUAUAUUACUGGCUUAGUCUUGGGUCAAGCAAAAGCCACGUCAUUCAAGAUUGCUUUAAUGGUGCUGUAUUGUCUAGUUGGCCAAGCAACAAUGGAAGAUUUGGGUUCAAAUUCAAGAUCCGUUGAAGGAAAUUGAGACUAUUCGAGGUCUGUCAAAGGUGUUGAAAAGUGCAACAUUUUCCUGGUUAGAAAACGGGACUUCAAUGGAUUUUUGUUGGCAAACCUGAACCUC